AUGAAAGCAAAUCUUACAGUGAAUUCAUGCUCCAACAUCAAAAACAAAACAGCACAAGGAUUAGAAGAAAAUGAUUUUAUAAAUAUAGAAAACAAGUCAUUAGACAAUGCAACAGAAUCAGAAAACUUCCCACAGAUCUGGAGCAUUAUUAAGAAAUAUAUUGAUGAGUAUGGUAUUAAAGGUGGUGGACAGAGUAUGAAUAAAAAUUGCCUUAAUUUGUUUACAAUUAAAGAUAUGGCAAAAAUUAGAUAUUAUUUGUAUUUGAAUAUUAAAAAUGAAUUGAAUUAUGAAUCUAAAGAAAAAUCUGAAAAAGAACCAAGAUCUCUAGUCCAAGGAAAUGAUAGUGAAGAUAAAGAAUUAGAAAUACCAAAUGAAGAAAUUUAUGUUUUAAUUGUUAAUGAGAUGGUUGAUUUAAAUAAUCAACAUUUAAUGUGGAUUAUGAUGAUUUAA